UAAUCCUUUGCCUUUUGCUUUUUCUCCACGCAGAUGAAAACUCAAGCUCAAACAGUUAAAAGACAUGUCCGAAAUCUACGAUAACUGGGAGAGGCUGUUGGCUGCCGUUCUGCGCCGGGAGCAGUUCCGGCGGCUCUGCAACCAGCACUCGAGAAAUUCUAGCAUCAGCUCAUCGUCCUCGGGCUUCAGUUUCAGUUCGCCGCUGCACGACAUCGAAUUUCUUAACUUUUCGGUCCCCGGCGCCGCCACCUCCCAUAAUUCAUCUCCUCAACAGCAAACUCAUCGCCAGGCGGCCUUUAUCUCGGAGUCUGUCUCUCCGGAAACAGCACCAAUCAACGCAGGCCCGCUUGCACUUUUUCACCGACUUCUGCAUGUCUCCCAGACCUUAAUUUAUAAAGUGGUGCUCAAAGUGGAUGUACAUGAUGACAGAGAAUUCGGAAAGGCCCUCAAAACCUUAAUUUUUAUGGUGCUCAAAGUGGAUGUACAUGAUGACAGAGAAUUCAGAAAGGCCCUCAAAGUAGUUUCUUCUUUUUCCGGGCUCCAGUCUGCUAAUUGGGACAGCCCGCCGGAAAAGCUUACGUUAGUUGGGAAUUUCGAUCCAAUUUCAAUGGUCAAAAAAUUGCGAAAAUCAUUGCGUACAGAAAUAGUCUCAGUUGGUCCGGGCUGCAGUCUGUUAAUUGGGACAGGACGUGGAAAGAGUUUACAUUAGUUGGGGAUUUCGAUCCAAUUUCAAUGGUCCAAAAAUUGAGAAAAUCAUUGCGUACAGAAAUAGUCUCAGUUGGCCGAACAAUGUUGCAAUCUAGUACAGCUCCAGUUCAGUCCAUGGCAGCAGCUUCAGACUCUGUUCCUGCUCCUCCAUCAUCUGUUCCAAUCUAGUCCAGCUCCAGCUCAGUCCAUGGCAGCAGCUUCAGACUCUGUUUCUGCUCCUUCAUCAUCUGUUCCUUCUCGUUAACGUGUUGCUCGUGUCAUUUGUAUAAAAUCGCGCUUUACGUUUUUAUUAGUUAGUGUUGGCAGAUUAGUUGGCAAGUGAUGUGGCAGUCAGUCGGUUAGUCAGUUAGAUUAGUUGCUGUUCUUCUUCUUCAUUUCGGGCUUUCUGUAUGUAUAUUUAAAUGGGCAGCUGUAACUUCUUCUUUGAAUGAAUGAAGAACCAAGUUCUGUUCA